GUCUAAACCGUCCAAGCUUCCAUCCAUUACGGUGGAUUGCAUCACUUGUCUAACACACGAAUGUUGGUGAUUGCUUUGGCCACUAUCGAAACCAAACUCCACAAUGCAAUACUCCCAAUCUAACAGUUGAGCAUUCCAUCAAUUGUCAAGAUGUCGUCGAUAUUGUCGUCCUGUUUCGGUCUGGCCAAGUCCCGUGACGAGGAUCAACAACCACUGUUGCCUCAAUAUGAGCAGGACACGCAUUUGCAGCGGGAACUGGCCCGCAAACUCCACAGCUACCAGAUGAUCCGCGCCCUGGGCUCAGGAUACAUGCCCAGCACGGAACAGCUUAUCAUCACUUUGCGAACACUGUUGGCCGCUGAUAUUCUUAACCCCGAUAACCCGGACUUGUCUAACAGUGGAAGACGCCUCGUUCGCCUGACCAAGCAAUGGCUGCACCAGUUUAUCACCCUGAUCAAGAACAAGAAUGACAAGGAUCAACUUCAGGAUCUCAUUUGGUUCUUGUCCAAGAGCAGAGUCUCAGUGGAUGUCGAGGACCUUGCUGCCCGCGCACAGAAAUCCAAGGCCAAGGCGGAUGCUGCUGCUGCCUACCAGAGCCUGCACACCGUCGGCUCUUUGCUCUUCACCAACUCGGACUUCCGCGUUUUCCUCAGUGAUCUGAACACCGUUGGACGAGAAAUCUUCAAGGAUUCUGCGUUCGCUCUAAGCCAUGCUGCCGAAGAGGCAGGGAAGAAGGUGGAGCCUUCCCAACAGGAGCAGCAAGCUGUGGCGCAUCCUAAUGGUGGCAGCAACGGCAAGGCUCCAUCAGGAGAAGAGCUCGGAAAAGACGUUCAAGACAUUACGAAGAUUGUGGCCCAGCAAGGUGCGGAAGUCGCAAGCGCUACAGUAGAAAGUGCCCAAGACAAGCUCUCUGGUGAUGAGGGACAGACACUGCUUAAACGAUUGCAGGCAGUGGUGCUCAAUCUUCGCAAGCGAAAGGACUACUCCGACUCCGUCUCUGUUCUAUCUCUUCUCAUCAAGCGUUAUGCCAUGGUCUACUCACGCGCGGCGGAGGAAAUCAUUGACGUAGCUGCGCAGGAUGUUUCCGAGAACCGUGAGACGGACAAGGCACUUAUCAACAUGUGGGAGUUCGUUACGAGCUUUGGAGAUAAGAAGGAGUGGGAGAAAUGCGAAACUAGCUUCAAGAAGGUUGUCGCACACAAGGACAAGGACCCAGAGUUCGAAAACUUUAUGCAGGACAUUGGAAACAGCCUUCAAAAACUUCUUACCGACCCAGACUUCUUCAACAAUGCCUCGGACAAGCUCCAAGAACUCAGAGAGAAGAGCAAAAAGGUUGGUACUGAGAGUGAUCUCCGCCAAGAUGUCGACGAGCUGCUCCAACAAUUGGCUGUCACUUUCCAGAGUGUGCUCAGGGACGAUGACGUUCACAGUUUGAUCACAACUACAUUGCGAAUAUUUGGAAUUCUCUCUCCACCGCAGGCUGUCACCAACCCGGAUCUCAUCCAGGAUUCACUUAACGUAUUCGUUCCGCUCCUGAUCAGUAUGAUUCAAUACGUGCCUAUACCACGUCUCGAAGUCAGUACGCCUGCGAUUGAUCUUUUGUUGGAGAAUCUCAUCAUUGAGCCCGGUGUCACUGUCAACCAUACCUCCUUCUUGCCUUAUCGCUUGAAGAUCGAGACAUAUAACGACAUCGAGAUACGCAAAGCACGCUUCGGCACUGCAACAACAUCUAAGAACCUGAUGCUCAUCAAGGUCGAUGGUCUGUCUGCAAAAGCCGAUGAGAUUGGUUUCUGGCUUCGUGCACACAGUGGCCUCUUCCGCCUAGCUGAUGAGGGUAUUGCAAGUUUUGCCUUGGAUGAACGUGGUAUUGACAUUCACAUUGAGGUGGAAAUCGCCAAGGAUCAAAUGGAACAGAUCUUGACGCUACGCUCCGUCAGAGUUCGAGUACACAAGCUUGACUACAAGCUUCGUAAGAGCAAGUUCUCCUGGCUUGGCUGGCUCUUCAGGCCAUUGCUACGUCCGAUAAUCAAGACGACCAUGGAAAUUCAAAUAGCAUCCGCCAUUGCCGACCUACUUCAUGCCGGUAAUCGCGAGAUUUUGUAUGCACGAGAACGCCUCCGUGCCACCAGAAUCGCAGAUCCACAAGACCUUUGGACUUUUGUCAAGGCUGUUGCUGCACGCUUUAUUCCCGCAGAGGAUCCUGACUUGUACACCAGGGUUGGUGUCGCACAGCCAGGCAAGGGUGUCUUCAAGGGUGUCUACACCCCUAGCAGCGUCGUUAAGGUCUGGAAUGAGGAGGGAUCAAGAGCAGGUGAUCGAGUUGAAGAGUACGAAGUAGGUGGAUGGAGAAACGAGGUUUUUGAUGUCCAUGCCAGGAACAUGACCUGAUAAUGGAACGAGAGACUUCUGACUUCGGACUUUAAAAAUACAAGGACCGGUAAACAUGGAUUCAUGGUCUCUGACGAACACUGCGAUGUGGUCAUUAUAUGGUAGCAACAAGCGUUAAGCAUCGGCGUUUUGUGGACUUUCUUUUCGGCGAUGAACAAUUGUACACAUAGGUGGUUGUUAGUCAAGCAAUGCUCACAUAUUAACUUAUAUGAGUUACGGCUCGAUGUGGAUUAAUUUGACGUCAAUCAACGGUA